UCGCAACGAUGGAGCUGCAGCUCACCCGGGACCAGGGCAUCACCCUGCGCGGCAGCGCUGAUAUCGUCGCGGAGUUCUUCUCAUUUGGUGUCAACAGUAUCUUAUAUCAGCGUGGUAUAUACCCAUCUGAAACUUUUACUCGAGUACAGAAAUACGGACUUACUUUGCUUGUAACAACAGAUCCUGAUCUCAUUAAAUACUUGAAUAAUGUGGUGGACCAGCUAAAAGACUGGUUAUACAAGUGUUCGGUUCAAAAGCUGGUGGUAGUGAUUUCAGAUAUUGAAAGUGGCGAAGUCCUUGAACGAUGGCAGUUUGAUAUUGAAUGUGACAAGACAGCAAAAGAAGACAGUGCACCAAGAGAGAAAUCUGCAAAAUCUAUCCAAGAUGAAAUCCGGUCUGUGAUCCGACAGAUUACAGCUACUGUGACAUUUCUGCCAUUGUUAGAAGCAGCUUGUUCAUUUGAUCUACUCAUUUAUACGGACAAAGAACUAGUAGUCCCUGAUAAAUGGGAAGAGUCUGGACCACAGUUUAUUGCCAACUCUGAAGAGGUCCGCCUAAGGUCCUUUACCACUACCAUCCACAAAGUAAAUAGCAUGGUGGCCUACAAAAUUCCUGUCAAUGAAUGA